AAUCCGCUGUAAGAACGAAGGAAUAAUGUCGAUUUACUUCAUUGCUAACCGCUGCCGUCAACCUUGUGCCUUGCGUGUCGUGGGGGGAACAUCGACCCCAGCACCACACGAGGCAGACGAGGCCCCGAGCCAUUCAGGUCAGUGUAACACGCCACCCCCGCCGGGGCCGCCCCACCACCAGCACGCACUGGCUUCCGUUAGAAGGUUACCCGGUCUUUGCCACCUUAACUACGACCCGGAGGUGCCCUGUGUGUGUGUGUGUGUGUGUGUGUGUGUGUGUGUGACGGGAAGUGUGACAGGAAGCACUGGUCUGAAGCAGGCAGUCAGUGGGAGACGAGCUGCCGCGGCGGCUGGUGGUGGUUAGUGGCGUCGGCACCGGUAGCAGGUUGGCGGCGUUGGCGGCGACCGAGUGAGUGACACACACACAAAGGCCGACACGAACCACACUCAGCAGACAGGCAGGCGGCAUCCCCUGGCCACCUCUUUCUUCAGAAGGGCACACUGCCUCGCGGGAUGACAAAAGGAAUCCAACACCGAGCAGUGGGAAAACUUUCCGAACUAACGGGAUUGAAUGAAGUGAACCUGAUCGUGAGCUCCCUCGCAGCCAAACAGUGAGUUAAGAGUGCGUCGUGUGGCACGCAGCGGCGGUUCCUACUAUGUGACCAAUAUGCAGCUGUUGCCCUCACUGAGCGACUUCAAGCAUGAGUGAGCUUGGGCACGCCCUGGGCGACGGCACCACCCUCCCCGGGGCUGUGUGCGCCGUGCUGUUGCUGGGGUGCGUGUUGAGGCCGCGGAGCCACCCCGGGGCCGGCGCGGCGUGGCUCUACUGCGUGCUCCCCCUCCUUGAGUGGUGCUUGAUCCCCGGCUGUCAGGGGAGGGGCAGGCUGGUGGACCCGCCCUCCCGAGCCUCCAUGUGGAGGUUUGGCUUCGUCAACCCUGUCGAAUUCAACGACGACCGUGUGGACUGCGGAGGCUUUGUGCGCCAGUGGAGAAAGAACAGAGGGCGUUGCGGCGUGUGUGGCGACCCCUGGGACGAGCCCGUGCCGCGCCCCCACGAGACGCGGGGCAGGUACGGCCGCGGCACCAUCGUCCGCACCUUCACGCAGGGACAGGCGGCGGUGGUGGAGGCGGAGGUGACGGCGGCGAGCACCGGCCACUUCGAGUACCGCCUGUGUCCGCGGCUCAGCGUCUGGGACACAGAGACCCACGAGUGCUUCAAACACCUCCUGCAGGAUGACCAGGACAGGAGUCAGAUCCCCGUCAGCGUGAGCCACAAGUUUGCCAGGCUCAGACAUGUCCUUCGCCUGCCUCAAGGGGUGUCCUGCCCCGCCUGCGUCCUCCAGUGGAAGUUCGUAACAAUGAGCCGGGCUGGGCGGGCAGAGUAUCGGGCCUGUGCAGACGUCACCAUCACCCCCGCCACCGCUGACAUGGACAACGCCACAGCCACCACAGCCACAGACACGGCAGUCACCACGGGCCCUGCCACAGAGCCCCUCUCAGCGACAACCCUCGCCUCUUCAAGGGACAACCUGCACGCCUCAGAGUCCGCUGACUACCCACACGCGACAGACCCAAGCCCAGACACUCUGGAGGAGCUACGAAGCAGCACACCUGCCGGCGCACCGCUGCACAAUGGGAUCGUACCUGCCAGCGACACUGACGGCGAGGAUGAUGACGUAGACGUCCAAUCGCCGCUGUACGAGAUGCAAAAUGAUGAUGGUCGUCCGGGUGCCCAGACACGGGUACGUGGCGAGGCGGAAGGUGACGGCGGUGGUGCUGAAGGCAGAGGUGGCGCGGCUGCCCUCCCUGCCACGCUGCAUUAUGUGGUGACGCUGUUGGGUUAUUGUGCUCAGCGGCAACAAACUCCCCUCAGCACAUCAGUGGUUGCUAACACUUUGUUACUGGGUUGUACAGUAUUAAUGUUAUGAUUCAUUCUUUCUACAAUGUUAAUGUUAUGAUUCACUGUUUUCAAUUCUCCUCCACAUUUUCUUAGUUUUGUCCCUCAAAUAUAUAUGAUUUAUGUAUGUUGCAUACAAUCAAACAAACGUGUGUGUGUGUGUGUGUGUGUGUGUGUGUGUGUGUGUGUGUGUGUGUGUGUGUGUGUGUGUGUGUGUGUGUGUGUGUGUGUGUUUCGGCCUGAUCACGAGUUGGACUCGCAAUCGCCGGGUGGAUCUUGACAAUACGAAGCCAGAUGAUCUUCUGAAGAGCUGUGACGGGAGUGUUGAGAUACAUGACCGGUACCAAAUGGAGAGAUCGAGUUUCUGGCGAUGAAGAUAUUAUAGUCGGAUUGGUGCACCAAAGGUCGGUGGUUCGGUAGUGUUAGAAUGAAGGAUGAACCACUGGCGAGAGUUGUAAAUAUCGAUGUGAAAGGUAAUGGAAGAGGUGCACUGACGACGACUUGACUUAAGGGGGUGGAGGAGGAAGCUCUUCACCGAACAAGGAGGAGAGAAAGUAAUGAGGGAGAAAAUGUGUGAGGGUGUGAUGUAAGGUUCCAUGCAGCCGUACCAAAAGAUUCCAUUAAUCUCUCAACACACAAAAAAAUGUGUUGAAGAUAUUUUCAAUAUUGAGUAUAUAUAGAUAUAUAUUUGUCUUUUUGCUAGUACGAUAUUUUUCGUCACAGAAUAGAUACUUCUCCGAAUCACGAGUGCAAUGUGAUGCAGCUGAGCAAAGCUCCAACAUGACCAAUAGUAAA